AUUUUGUAUUAAUAACAAUACGUAAGCUUCAUAAAAAUAUUGAGACUAUUGUUGUACACGUUUGAAACUAAAUAUAAGGCAAAUUUUCAUAUUCAUGAAAGCAAAUACAUGAAGUUAACAUUAUGAACAUACACAAUAAUCAUGUUAUUAACGAUCCUUUAGCUGUUAUUUAUAACGAAGGACACUGGCGACUAAGUAAUGUGUCUCCUUUGUUUAACAUACAAUCAAAUGCAAUUAAAUUUAAACAAUAUGCGUCAAAGAUUCGUCAAGGUAUAAUAACUGCGAUUCCAGCUAAGCCUGGUAUAAAAUUUACUGUAGUUAUAGAGGCACAGCCAUACUUGAAAUACAAUGAAGAUGAUCCAGAAGCUUUUAUGAUCAAUGUGUCAUCUCAAGAAAGUAAUAAAUCUAAGAUAGUAUAUACAUGUAUUCUUCUGUCUUGGGGAGUAACUAUGAAAGUGCCUGAAAGUAUACAUCUGCCAUUCAUGCUGGAACAUGGUGAGAAAAGGAUUGGAGCAUCAGUGAAGUCUACAUUACAGUCAUUGUUUGACUGCACAAUUAAACAAUUCUAUUUUUCACAGCAUCAACUCUUACGAUUUGGCUUUGGUUUUGUUGAAAAUGAUACAUCACGGAGCACCGAUCCAUUCACAUUAUGCUUCUCUGUCUUAGCCGAUCACAAGAAUAAGCUAAGCUUAUCAUUUGAAGUUGGGGAUGUGAAUAUGAUUUGGCAUCGAGCAAAGGGUGAUUCUACAGCAUCGUCAAAAACAGAUAAAUUGGCUUACCAGAUAUUGCAGAAUCAGAUAUUCUUCUCAAUGCAAUUAGAUGUGACACCUUUAGACCUAUGUGAAAUAAAUCUCACCAAAGCUGAAGUGAAAUCAGAUGGUAUAGUCAAAAUGAAGACUCCGGAACUUGUGAAUUGUGUAUUUACAGUGCUGAAUGAAAUUAUUAGUUCACAAAAUGUUACAAAUAAUAAUGCUGUUGAGUUAUAGUGCAUACUUUAUGUUCAAUGCUAUAAAAUUGUCAUAAAUCGUGUUUGAACAAACUUGUAGGAAACUCGAUAAUUGUAUUGGUUAUCUUGCUAAUAUUAUAAAUGCGAAUGUUUGGAUGGAUGUUUGUUUCG